AUGUCGAAUCAUGGGUUGAUUACGGAGGAUGCACCGAAAAGCUCUUUAAUGGACGCCAAAAUUCAAUACCCCAAAUUAGAAAUCGACAACUUUCAGACAAAAAUUUGCCCUCCGAGGGUAUAUGAAGGUGUUGAUGAGCACAUGGGAGACUGUAACAUGGAAGCAUUAGAGAAUUUUAAGCUCAAAGAGGAUACACGUAGUAGAGAUGAAGAAAUGACCGUGGCUGCAGUGGAUGAUGAGGUGCAAAGAGAUUUAGCUGCUGGAAAUAAAAAGCUAAGAAAAUAUUUUUACUAUGACACGCCACUUUCUGAGGAUACAGGCAUUUGGAUACCUGUCUCUGUUCCACCAAUGCUGGAAACUGAAAGAACAGAAUGGAAUAAGGAUCUCUAUUUCAACGGGGGCUACUUGCCUGAUGGUGACAUGGGUUGGAAUGAAUUUAUUGGAGAAGAUAAGGAGAUGACUAUGUGGGAUGUGGUUCUUGAUGUGUUACUGGCAGCCAGAGGAAAAAUUAGUGCUUUCUCAUCUGGUGACAUUCAUGGAUAUAGUAUCUCCUGGAUGCAAACCCAUCUUCUAGAGGAAGCUUGGAAAGAGAUGGCUCAAACUCUUACAGAUGCUAACUUUGGUAAAAUGAAGGAAAUACUCGAAUCUGAACCACCAAAAUGGUUGCCUGACAGUUCUGCUUCUGCAUGCAUGCUGUGUAAUGUGCGUUUUCAUCCUAUCAUGUGUUCUAGGCACCAUUGCAGACUUUGUGGCGGGAUUUUUUGCAAUGGAUGCUCAAGGGGAAGGAGUUUGUUGCCUUUAAAGUUCAGAACUGAAGACCCUCAACGAGUCUGUGAUGCAUGCUGUGUGCGGCUUGAGUCUGUUCAGUCAUGCUUAAUGGACCGAGUAAGUCGUGCUGCACAGUUACCAACUCAUGAUCUGACGGACCUAAGUACAAUGAGAUCAUGGUUGAAUUUUCCAUGGGGCCAAUCUAUGGAAUAUGAAAUAUACAAGGCAGCAAACACCAUUCGAGGUUAUAAUAAGGUUGGAUCUCGGAAACCUGAGAAGUCCAUACCAAAUGCAAUCCUCAAGGAUGCUAAGGGCCUUGCUAUUCUAACUGUUGCAAAGGUUGGCAUGAUGGUUACUUACAACAUUGGGACAGGGUUAGUUGUUGCUCGUAGAGAAGAUGGAUCUUGGUCUCCACCAUCUGCCGUUGCAUCCUUCGGUUUGGGUUGGGGAGCACAGGUUGGUGGGGAAGUGACAGAUUUCAUAGUAGUGUUGAGAACAAAUUCUGCCAUCAAGACGUUUGGUGGGAACAUUCAUUUUUCAGUUGGAGCUGGUUGCAGUGCUGCUGUUGGUAUUGUUGGAAGGGCCGCUGAAGCUGAUUUACGAGCUGGUGAUGGUGGUUUUGCUUCUUGCUAUACAUACAGCUGCAGUAAAGGUGCAUUUGUCGGUUGUUCCCUCGAAGGAAGUAUCGUAACAACAAGAAAACAAGUUAAUUCCAGGUUUUACGGGAAUUCGUCCAUUAGUUCAUCAGAAAUUCUUCUUGGUUCAAUGCCUCGGCCUCCUGCAGCUUCCUUGCUCUAUCACUCAUUAUCAGAAUUAUUUCAGAAGCAUUAA